CGUUUACCUUUGCUUCGUACAGAAGUAUCUUUUGUAUCUUCCGCAUCCGCAAACUCAAUCACAUUCAUUCUUUUUCGCAACCACUCCUUCAUUUUUAAAUCGCAGCAGGUACAAUAUCGUCAAGAUGCCGAAGUUCUUCUGCGACUACUGCGACGUCUACCUAACGCACGACUCGAUGAGCGUGCGCAAGGCCCACAACAGCGGUCGCAAUCACCUACGCAACGUCGUCGACUACUACCAACAAAUCGGACACGAGAAGGCUCAAUCCGUCAUCGACUCCAUCACCUCAUCCUACGCCGCCGAAGGCCAAGCCCACGCUAAUCCCAUGCUGCCUCAAAACCAACCCGGAGCAGCUGCCGCGGCGGCCGCAGCAGCACAAGCUGGUUUCCCAGCCGGCAUGCCACCCCCUCCAUUCAACUUCCCUGGCGGCAUGCCGCCCCCUUUCCCCGGAAUGCCUGGUGGUGUGCCUCCUCCACCAGGUAGCGGGUUCCCGCAGGGUAUGCCUCCCCCCCCAGGCCAAUCCGGCCGCGGCAUCCCACCGCUUCCCUUCACAGCCACCUCUAAUGGUCUCCCCAUACCACCACCCGGCUCCGGCCUCCCAUUCCCUCCUCCAGGCGGUCUUCCCUUCCCACCCCCGGGCGCAAGCGGUACACCUCCUUUCCCAUUUCCUGGUAUGCCUCCUCCGGGACAGGGCUUCCCUGGUGGUCCCUCACCACCCGGUGCCGCGGGUGGUUUCCCACCUCCGCCCGGACCGUCCGGACCGCCUGGUCGUUAGGAGCGUCCCGGCGGAGAUCAGAGCGGAAGUGGAAAUGGAAAUGCGAGUGGCAGUGGUAAUGUGAGCAGCAGUUAUCGCGAUACCUCGAGAGGAGGCGUGACGAAGAAUACCUGGGACGGCAGGGGACGCGGACAGUAUCCACGACGGGGGUAAUAGCGGGUGAGGUAAUCGCGAUGAUCUUCAAGUUAGUAAGAUGCGCCUUGGAUUGCUGGGAAAUGCCCUUGGCUACCUUUCUGUUGCUUGGGCGAGAGCCAUCAGGAGAUGAUGAUACCCAUCCAGAAUCCGUUUAGGAGACGCACCCCAAGUGCGACCACUCACGUCAAAAUGAUACACUCCCGUGUAUAUCAAAUGUACAACAGAAGCCCGCGGCCUAGCUGAGGAAAACUUAAAUCCUAUACCGAAGCAGUGGUAGCUCAAUUACUAAAAGGAAGGAGUCUGGACAGGAAUACUACUUGGUUUCUGGGCAAGGUGUUGAAGGGCUGUAGGGUAUUGAUUUCCUGCUUUGAGCAAUUAAAAGAGAUACUUCGAUCGUUCUAGUUUGAUAGGGCAUUUUUUUUGCUUUUCAGGCCUGCGUAUACCAUGACCAAACAGUCAGCAACUAGUUCUUGAUCAAAAUACUAGGCCGCCGCGGUUUCGAUGAAAUGAACAUGAAAUUUAAGUUAAGUAUAGCGUGGGCAGCUGCAUUGAUUCGAAUCUUAUAAAUUUCAUUAUAUUCUAAUAGU